AGAUGGCAGCACCAGUGUUGGAAAAAAUUCGAACAAUUUCAAACUGACAAUUUGGCGACUUUGUUGUACUUUCCGAUAUGACGUAAAACCUUAACUUGAAAUUCUUCAAGCUUUGUGCAUAUAAGACAUUGUCGGCACUGUCGUGACAUACGUCCUAUCAAUUAAAAGUUCUAAAUUAACUGAAUAAGGAUUAAAUUAACUGAAUCGCUAAUAAAAAAUGCAGAAAGAUCAGUUGGAAACACCAAAACUGAAACGACUUAGAAGGGUACAAAAGGCUUCUACACCAGAACCAGUAAAAAAGAAUAUAGUGGAUCACAUAACAAAUGUUCGUGCAGGUAGUUCACACCAUAGGGCAACAAUGGCUCCAUCUGAUUUUGCUUCACAACAGAGUUUCCCAAAAAAGAAAAUCACGUUGGAUCGUACCUCGAUAUCUACUGUGCAAUCAAUGGCAGAUGGAACAAAAAUAAUGGAUUCAGAAUGCAACGACGUGGAGUUGAAACUCCUUUAUGAUCAGUAUUUACAAAAGAUUAUGACAGAAAUAAUUCUAAAAAAGAAAACAGAAGAAAAGGAGAAAUUGUUUUUAUCUCAGCUGGCCACAAUAGCCAAGGAAUAUGAUCACAACGAAGAGAAAUUAUUUAAAUUAAAAACUAGAGAAAGAGAUAUAAUAAAUUUGUCCAAGAUACAAAAUGAAAUUGAUUCUCAAAUUCUAGAUGUGAAUAAUUGCACUAGAGGAGAAGAGAAUAAAAUAUUAGAGAAAAUUCUAUCACAGUUAUAUGAUCUUCUAAAACCUCUGGAUAUACUUCGUUGUGAUAAUAUAGUUCUUCCUGAGACACCCGAGGAGUGGGAAGAAACAAAACAAGCCUUGAAAUCGUGUUCAGAGAGUUUAAAGUCUAUCAUAGAUUUAAUUGGACCAAAAAUUGAAUCAUAUCAAAGCGUUAAUGAGGGGAUUAAGGAGUUUGUGCGUACUUUAAAUAAUAUUAAAGAUCAUCAAAGAAGAUUAGAGAAAGAACUUUACGAGUUGCAAGCUCUUACAUUGAAAUCUGCAUCCUUGACCUUAAUGUAGAGCCAAAAUUGAUAGGUACUAAAUCAUGCGUAAUGCUAUGAUAUUAAAUCAUUUAAAAUAUUUAAUAUGUUCGAGAAUUGCUUGUUAUAGUUUUUAUACACAAAUAUUGUACGUUUGUAACUUCUAAUAUUUAUAAGAGAAAGGUUGCUAAUUAUCACGAUUAUAUAUUUACAAUAUGGAUUAAAUCAGAAUUCUAUUUAAA